AUGUCACGAAUACUACGGCCCCUACGACCAAUUGCACGCGCCACAGACCGACACAAUAUCUCGUAUGGCGCACGACACAUGUCAGGCGAUGCAUUACGCAUUGGCUAUGUCCCUGAACACUUCUCCACGCCCCUCUACUUCGCCCACAAAUACUACGACCUCAACGCAAAACUAAUCCCCUUCCCCUCCGGGACCGGGCACAUGAUCCAGUCCCUGCAAAACUCUGAAAUCGACGUCGGCAUCGGCCUGACCGAAGGCUGGGUAGCCGGGCUGGGAAAGUCGUCCAAAGAGAAUGCACCGUACAAACUUGUGGGGACGUACGUCGAGAGCCCCCUCUGCUGGGCCAUCAGCACAGGUAGCGAGCGCGACGACACCGAGCGCAUCGAGCAGCUCAAGCACAAGAAAGUCGGGGUGUCGCGGAUCGGCAGCGGGAGCUACGUGAUGAGCUUCGUGCUGGCGGAGCAGCAGGGGUGGUUGAAGUCGGACAGCAGCCCGCCGUUCGAGCCUGUGGUGCUGAAUGACUUCGCUGGGCUACGAAAGGGCGUGAAUGAGGGCCAGGCGGACUUCUUCAUGUGGGAACAUUUUACGAGUAAGAGGUAUUUCGACAACGGGGAGAUUAAGCGUAUAGGCGAGAUCUAUACGCCGUGGAGUAGCUGGAAGAUCGUUGCGAGGGAUCCGCUGGAUAAGAGGAUGCAGCCGAUGAGCGAUGCGAUUAAUGAGGGGAUUGCGCACUUUGAGAGGAAGGAGGACGAGUCAAUAGACUACAUCAGUAAGGAGCUGGACUACUCGGCGGAGGAUGCGGAGGCGUGGCUGAAGACGGUGAAGUUCCCUCAGGACGUCAGGGGCGUGGAUCCGAUCGUAAUUGAGAAGGCGAUAGACACUCUGAAGAAGGCUGGUGUCAUCGAUCCAGAAGGUGGUUCGGUAGAUGAUAUGGUAGCAAUCAGACGGUCCAGUCGUGGGAAGUCUGGUGGCGGCCAGUCGAACGGUGGGAAGUCAGACACCAAGGAUACGGUGAGAGGGACGGUGACUGGCUUCUAA